AUGGCCGCCGCGCGCCCGGAGCCCCCGAGCCCGAGCUCAGCGACCCCGGAGUCGCGGUCCCCGGAGCCUCCGGACCUGGUCCUGCUGCCCGACGCUGGCCGCCCGCCCACGCCCCCGGGCGACCUCAUCGAGAUCCAGGUGGUGAAGGUGACAGACACCACGCUGGUCCCCGAGCCUCCGGAGCCAGGCUCGCUGCGCUGCGCCUUGUGCCCCGCCGCCUUCCGGCUGGUGUCGGACCUGCUGUUCCACGAGCACGGCCACCUGGCCCGGGCGGACGGAGACCCCGGCCGGUGCCACGUGUGCGGCCACCGCUGCCCGGGCCCCGCCAGCCUGCGCGCCCACUACAGCCUGCACACGGGCGAGCGGCCCUACCGCUGCGCCCGGUGCCCGCGGGCCUUCAAGGCCCUGGCGCCGCUGCUGCGCCACCAGCGCCGGCACGGCGUGGAGCCCGGAGCCCCGCGCAGGGCCCCGGAGGCGGCCGCGGCGGGCGGGCAGGGGCCGGGGCCGCCGGCCGAGCGCGCCGAGGUGGUGCUGGCGGCGGCGGCGGCCGGCGCGGCCGUGGGGAAGCCGUUCGCCUGCCGCUUCUGCGCCAAGCCGUUCCGCCGCUCGUCCGACAUGCGGGACCACGAGCGCGUGCACACGGGCGAGCGGCCCUACCACUGCGGCGUGUGCGGCAAGGGCUUCACGCAGUCCUCGGUGCUCAGCGGCCACGCGCGCAUCCACACGGGCGAGCGCCCCUUCCGCUGCGGCCUCUGCGACCGCACCUUCAACAACUCCUCCAACUUCCGCAAGCACCAGCGCACGCACUUCCACGGGCCCGGCCCGGGGCUGGGCGAGGGGCGCGGGGGCGCGUGCGGGGCGGGGCGCGCGGAGACAGCGAAGGCGGAGAACGACCCGUAGGCGGGGCGGGGCGGAGAGGCCCAGACCGCUGAUGGAGGCGGAGGGAGAGAACCAUGCUCCGCACGGCCCUCUGUGACACUCCGAGGAAGGCGCAGGUGCCCAGCUCCGCGCGGGACCAGGGCGGAACGCGCACCCCGCCUGCCUCCUCUCUAGGCGCCUGGGCACGGCUUUGGGGGAGAAUCGGCGUCGUGUUCCUGGCCCAGGCCUCUUGCGCACAAUCCUGGCCCGUCAGGGGGCUCCCCUCGGGUGGGCCAGGGUGGACUUUUUGCCUACCUCACUGGAUUGCACUGGACCUGGGAGGCCGCCCCAGCCCCAAGCAGCAGGCAUCCACCGGGAGACCGGGGUCCCAUCACCUCCAGCUAGAGGGUGCCCAGGCCACCGCUGAGAGCCUUGGCACCUGAGGGAUGCAAGCCAGGCUGUGGAUCCCGACUCUAAGAACUGCUCCCAGGGUGGCCGCCCCUCCCCCACCCGGGCUCCCGUAGUACCGGGAACUGGGGGCACAGCUGCUGGACCCCGGCUGUUUCCUCUCGCCCCAGGAGUCAGAGGGGUAGCGGGUGGGGGCCACAGCCCUCCCAUUCUGUUCCUAUUAAAGGACUUUCUGAAGGCCCUGUUGGUCUCGUGUCCAGGCUACUCUGGGGAGGGGCUUCCUCGCUCCUAGAAGGGGGUUGGUCUCAGAAGCUGGGCACGGCCGAGGGGC